GAUGAUCACUUCAUUUAAUAUUUUUUUCCUUGACUGCUCUCCACAUACUUGGCAUCUGCCUCAUGUAAUAGUUCAUCUUUCACAAUUUGGGAUGUGUCUCAAGGGUUGGGAACUCCUAUACGGCGUGGAUUAAGCAAUAUAUCAUUAGUGCGGUGGUCACCCAGUGGAGAUUACCUUCUAGUUGCUAAAUUUGAUGGUACUUUUCACUUCUGGGAGACAAACACAUGGACUUCAGAACCCUGGUCUUCGUCUAAUGGAUAUGUGUCUGGAGCAAAUUGGGACCCAGAAGGUCGAGUUGCAUUGUUAUCCUUUUCUAACUCGAUGACGCUUGGUUCAAUUCACUUCUCGUCGAAGCCACCAUCUUUAGAUGCUCACCUCCUACCAGUUGAACUUCCAGAAAUUUCCUCCCUGAUUGUUAGCCGAGGCAUAGAGAAAUUAGCAUGGGACGCUUCAGGGGAACGUCUGGCACUGUCGUUCAGAGAUGGAAACGAAAUGUACCGUGGCCUGAUUGCGAUAUAUGACGUGCGGAGAUCUCCACUCGUCUCACUAUCACUAGUUGGGUUCAUCCGGGGACCUGGAGAAGGAGCAAAGCCGCUCGCCUUUGCUUUUCAUAGCAAGUUUAAGCAGGGGCCAUUGCUUUCCGUGUGUUGGAGCAGUGGCUGGUGCUGUACGUAUCCGCUGAUACUUCGUCCUCGUUGAAUCCAGUGUAAGUUUCCUCCUGCCGACUGAAACUUCCAGUUACCUCACUGGUUCAGGACUGAAUGUUGCUGGCGACUUGGAAGACCGAACGCUUCGAUGUGCCUGCAGCUAGGAGAAAUGCAAAGCUCGAGUUGCUGCAUUGUGACGUUGUGGCUCGAGAAAUGGCGCCCUUUUGGACAGUCAUCUCCAGAUGUGUUUGAUUGGAUAUGUAUGUAUGCUUAUGCUGAUUUUACCGGGGUUUUUUUUCCCUCUGGCCAUACAUGGAUCGCCCUUUUGGACAGUCAUCUCCAGAUCGCCCACGCUAGUUUUUUUUAUUAUUUUAGAACUCCAGCAGGCAGAAGCAUGCCAUAUUGCCCCACGGGUUGAACCGAGGAGGCCUUCUCUCUACCACCAUCACCAGAUGCAAAAUCUGGGAUGGUCACUGCUGUCAAUUUUUUUUUUGAUAGCAAUAUGAAAACUUCAUUAACCUUCGCACAACAUUAAAUCGCUGGCGACCAAAUCUGAUACAAUGUCUGGAAAAUUAUACAACCAAAUCAACUCUUGACUAUCAGAACCAAUAGUAGCAAGAUGAUGUGCUACCUUGUUACAUAUUCUAGGAGCAAACAACACCUUAACAUCAUUGAAACAUGAUCUAUCUCAUAAACAUGUACAGGAGGGGCAACGGUGGUACACUUCACCCUCUCAUGGCGCCCCUGGGGGCGAUUGGCGCCGCCGCCGCCAGCCCUGGUCGCCCGCAUCCGGUUCGGGGGGUGCUCCGUCCUUUCUCCGCGGGCGGGGCUAGCGCUCCUCUCCGUGGUGGCCUCGGGUCGUCCCUCCACGCGGCGGACUCGGUGUCCGGUCCUCUGCCCAAACCUCUUCUAGAGCCGGUAAGUGCUGAGCGCUCGUUCUCUGGCGGGCAAACUCUGCGCAGUGAUGUGCCCCCCACGAGCGUUCAAGACCUUCUCCUCCUCGGUUCUCCUCAACCAGAUCCACAGCGGGCCGUUGCGGGCGGCAUUGAUCACAGGAGGAUUUCACUUUCAAGUUCCAGAUCUGAAAAGUGCUCUACGCCGGUGCUGCCUGAAGAUCCGCAUAGUCUGCUUUCGGCGCUGCGAAUCCAGGCGGCUGAAUCAUCCGACUGUGAUGCAGUCUGCUCGCCGUGUUUCCAGUUUACCUGCGUGGAGGAUGAGGCAUUGAAGUCGGGCAGCGUUCGGUCCCGUCGUCGUGCUACUGAUGACUCUGCUGCGCCGCGCGUGAGUGGAAUGCCUCUCCAUUCCGCUACCGGGGUCAACGAUGGGGGAUGGGAGGUUGUUCGGCCGCGGUUUUGGUGGCGCAAGGCAUUGAAGAAUCCUGUGAGAUCUCCACGAAAUCUUCAACUGGAUGUGAAGGGCACCAAUCUUUUCAAAUUGAAGCUCAAGGGUAAAUGCUACAACUGCCUCUCACCGGCUCAUCUCGCUUUCUGCUGCUCGGCUCCCACGCGCUGUUGGCAGUGCUUACAAUCCGGGCACAAGGCGCGAUAUUGCAACCAAAAAGUCAGCCAGAGAACAUUCAAUGCUGCUCAAUGCUUCCCUGAACCAGCCGUGCUCGCAUCUAAGAGUUCCACCUACCAGGAGGUGCUGCUAAAGCCAGACAAACUGCAUAAGUAUCAGGAUCUGCCUCAUGUGAACUCACUUGGUCAUCCGCCCCCAUCGACCAAAAAGUCCUACCUCCAGGCUGUUCUGGAAGACCACGGUAUGGAGGCACGCUACCCUGGUGACCCUCGUGUGAGGCCAGCGCGCGCCUUCUGUGCGGUCUCGGCGACCGGCUCUAUUCGUCGCCGGAGAGAUGAGUUGAUUGACACGGCCGUCGUCUGCUCCUUCGACGGCAACAGCCACGAGGUUGACAUUCUUUCCGCAGGUGAUAUGCUGAGGGAGAAGUUCAGCUUACAACACGGUCAGUAUCAACUGGUCAAGCAUUUCCCUGAGCAAUUCUUUAUCAUCUUCUCGGACCCUAGGUCGAAGCAGUGGGCGCUGGAUAGGAGAUCUGUCUCAUAUCGUGGUCGAAUUUUCCAUUUUGGGGAUUGGUCUGAGGACAGCUACGCUAGAAAAACAAACCUUGAAUUUAGAGUUAAAGUCCGGGUCGAAGGGAUCUCGGUGCACUGUUGGGGGGAAGAUGUGGCUUCAAAGGCCUUGGGCAAGAGUUGUGCAAUCCACUAUGUGCAAGAGCGCACAAGGCGUAGGGAGCGUACCAGGUCUUUUGACCUAUGGGCUUGGUGCUCUGACCCGUGUGACAUUCCUAAAGAGGUCUUGCUUACGGUUUUAGAACCAGACAGGGAACUUCCACCUAUCAGCACGCCCUUAGCUCUUGUUGGUGCUCAGCAAGAUGCCCCUGCUGAUCUGAAAGCUGGACAUGUUUACACUCUUCGCAACCACAUUGAGGUGGUGGAGGAUCUCUCUUUCCUCCGUGGGAGGGGUUCCAGGGGGGGUCCGCCUAAUCGCAAGCAGCGCAUGGAGUUUAUUUGGAGCUAUGGCGCCCCAGAUUCAGUGGGUGAAAAAAGAGAACGGGUGGAAGCUGUUAGAGGAAGAGAGAUUGCGCGACGGGACUGGGGUCAUGAUGAUGAUGAUGAUGGGGAUUUUCAGCGUAGCAGGCGCUGCGGCAACCGCCGUCAUCGCAGCUUGUCUGGUUGGGCGCGCUCGUCGCGAUGUCGAGGGGGCAUGGACGACUGUUACAGUUCCAAUGACAAGCAGCGGCACUUAACUCCCUUUCGUCGCCAUGGCUGGGAGUCGAAGCUGUCUUCUCGCUGGGUACCCAAGGUGAAGGUCCGAUCUGUUUCUUUUGCAGACCCCAUCGUUACCGCUGUUUGGCCGCAGGAGGAUAAAUGUGGGCAAGCUGAGGAUAUUGGUGACAGGUCUGGUUCGAUGGGCGCUGUUAUUCUGGAACCUGUGCGCAGCCCUGCUACAACCACAUGCAAGGUGGAUUUGGUUGAGCAGCUGGCGAGGCAUUUCUCUAGGCCUUUGACCAAGGAACAAAUGGAGGCAAUUAUGGAGCUGGCAACUCUGGGGAAGGAAAAGGAAGGGAUCAAGAAGAAGGGCAGCAAGGUGACGCCCCUCAAGGCUCCUAUUAUCGAGGCUUCUGAGAUGCUAUAAGUUGUAAUUUGAGUUGUGGGGGUAGUUCUAGUGCAUCAUGUUGUGUCGCUGGUGUACUUGCCUGUGGGUCGCCCAGGUUCUUUUGCUGGCUGUUUCGUGUGCCAGGUUGUUGCCUGGGCAGCGGUGUUUGUUUCUUUGGUUGGUAUUUUCGGUGUCUCUAUCUGUCUUAGUAUCUGUUGUAAGACGCUGGUCUUUUGCUUCUGGAAGCAAGUUACGGAUGGUGGAAUCCUGGUUGGCUCCUGUUCUUCUCUCCUAUCCUGUGUUCCCCAUGUGUGACAACUUUUUAAUUAGUGGAGCUGUUUUGGAUUAAUGAAUAUCAACUGUUGUAUUCUGUCCUGGAAUGUGAGGGGGCUAAAUGACCCUGCCAAAAGAGAAAGUGUGAAACAAUUGAUCCUAUCUUCUGGCGCAACUAUUGUUUGUCUUCAAGAAACAAAGAUUAUGAGCUGGACCUGUAACUUAUUAAAGGAAACUCUGGGGUGUAAGUUAGCAGCUCAGACGGCUCAUUUGCCAUCCCUUGGAGCCUCCGGUGGGAUUCUAAUCGCUUGCGAUGCGGAUUUUUUUGAGAUGGUUUCCAUUCCAUACCCUUCGGUAUAUUCGUUAUCGGUUAGGAUUUGCUCCCGCCUAUCCGAUGUGGCGUGGGACCUUACAGGAGUCUAUGGUCCUCAACCUGUGACCGAGAAAAUGUCUUUCUUAACAGAGCUGCGCAAUAUUCGAAAUUUGAUGAAGCCGGAAUGGUUGAUCCUAGGUGAUUUUAACAUGAUAAGGAGAGCAAGGGAGAAAAACAAAGGUCCAAUAAAUAGACGAGUGUUAAGACAAUUCAAUCACACUAUCGACUACCUUCAGCUUUUAGAGAUUGAUCUCAAUGGUAAAUUAUUCACCUGGUCAAACGAACAAGACGACCCUUCGAUGUCUAGAAUUGACAGAUUUUUGGCGACUACGGAGUGGCAUGAUAAGUUUCCUCAGGCCAAUCUGCAAGCUAUUGGGUCCAUGACCUCGGAUCAUUGCCCUCUAGUUAUGCAAGGUUGCUCGGAUUUUGGUUUCUACAGAGGAUUUCGUUUUGAGGUUUUUUGGACAAAAUUAGAUGGGUUCAGUGAGGUGGUUCAGCGAGCGUGGGCGUCUAGUGUUAGUUCCUCAGACGCCAUUCUUCGGCUGCAUGUGAAAAUGGCCCGUACGGCUAAAGCUCUAAAGACCUGGAGUCGAAAGACUGUUGGCAAUUUUAAAGUGCAACUAGCAAUCAUUCAGACUGUCCUUACCUUCCUUGAGAAAGCACAGGAAUCCAGACAGCUCUCUGGGGAUGAGCUUGAAUUCAGGAGAAGCCUUAAAUUGAAAAUCCUCGGAUUAGUGUCAGUUCAAAAGGCAAGAGCUAAGCAACAUUCAAGACUCGUUUGGAUGCGCCUGGGGGAUGCAAAUACAAAAUUUUUUCACUUAAUGGCAAAUAAUAGAAGGAGAAAAAACUUUAUCAGAUUGCUGGUUCGAGACGGCAGACUGCUCACUAGUCAGGAAGAUAAAGUACUCGAGGCCCAUAAUCAUUUCUCCCAAGUUAUUGGCACGACGGGUGCUAGACAAUGUGCUGUUCGUUGGGACAACUUAGGCUAUAGUCCUUUUGAGUUAUCAGAUCUGGACUCUGCGAUCAACGUUGAUGAGAUUAAAAAUGUGGUUAUGGGGAUGCACUCUGAAAAGGCGCCUGGUCCAGAUGGGUUCAUAGGGUUAUUCUAUAAGUGUUGCUUUGAGCUGAUUAAGGAUGAUCUAUACAAUGCUAUUCAUGAUUUCUAUAAUCAUAGAUGCAAAAGCCUGCAUCUUGUUAAUGAGGCAAAUAUCACGCUUUUGCAAAAGAGGGAAGGGGCUGACAGGAUUGACAUGUUUAGACCGAUCAGUCUCAUCAACAGUUUUAUGAAAAUCUUAACCAAGAUUUUAGCAAAUAGACUUGCGCCAAGAAUGAACGAGAUCGUCUCCACAGCCCAAAACGCUUUCAUUCAGAAACGUUCAAUUCAUGAUAAUUUCCUCUACGUUCAAAAAGUUGUUCAGAAACUCCAUAAGAGCAAACAGUCAGCGCUUUUUGUCAAGCUUGACAUCUCUAAAGCGUUUGACUCCGUCAACUGGGCAUAUCUGUUAGAGGUUUUAAGAGCCUUGGGUUUUUCUCAGAAGUGGAGGAAUUGGAUCGCCACAAUUUUGAGCUCUUCCUCCUCCAAAAUCCUUAUCAAUGGUCAACAAACAAAUGCAAUCAGGCACAUGCGUGGUGUUCGUCAAGGAGAUCCGCUAUCCCCGUUCCUGUUUAUUUUAGCUAUGGACCCGCUACAGAGGAUGAUUGAGAUGGCGGCAGAUGCUGGGGUUAUGGGGCGGGUUCUACCACGUGCGGCAAAGCUUCACUGUUCUCUUUAUGCUGAUGAUGCAGGAGUGUUUGUUAAAGCAGAUAAAGAGGAUUUGAAAGCUCUGAAAAGGAUCCUGGAAGUUUUUGAAGGAUGUUCUGGGCUGAAGAUCAAUUUUGAUAAAACUGAAAUUUUCCCAAUUCGUUAUCCCGAGACUCUUUGGCCAGAUCUGAUGGAGGUGUUUCCUGGCAAAUACUCAAAAUUUCCUGGGAAGUAUCUUGGACUGUCUCUUCAUUUCAGGACUGUUAGAAGAGUGGAUUUUCAACCUUUAAUUGAUAAAAUUACUAACAGGCUAACAGGAUGGAAAGGCAGGUUGCUCUCUAAGGCAGGCAGGGAAACUUUGGUUAAAGCGGUGCUUUCUGCUCAGCCUAUUUACCAUCUGACGAUUUUUCCGGCGCAAAAAUGGCUUCUUAAAAGAAUUGACAAAUUAAGAAGAAGCUUUCUUUGGAAAGGGAAUAGUCCAGGCUCUUGCAGAGGGGGUCAUUGCUUGAUUAAUUGGCCCACAACUUGUUUGCCAAAGAAUAGGGGGGGUCUAGGAGUUUUGGACCUGGAGCGUUUUGCGAGAGCGCUGAGACUAAGAUGGUUGUGGUUACGGUGGACGGUUAAAGAAAAGGCAUGGGCGGGCAUGCCAUUACCGUGCGACAAGGUGGAUGUAGAUCUUUUCAACGCUUCAACAAUUGUGACUAUUGGUAAUGGGAAGUUGGCGGAUUUUUGGGGUUCCAGUUGGAUUGAAGGGCAGGCUCCAAAGAAUAUGGCACCAAAUCUAUACAAAAAAGCAAGAAGGAAAAACAUCACGGUGUUCAAGGCUCUUCGAAAUAAUUACUGGAUACAGUUCUGUGCACCGUUCACUCGGGAUGAGGAAGUGAGAGAAUUCGUCUCACUUUGGCAUUCAAUCAGCAGCACUCACAGCCUCAACGAUCUCGACGACACCAUUUCUUGGAGAUGGUCGGCAGAUGGGAAAUACAGUUCAAGCAGUGCUUACAAAAUUCAGUUCUCAACAAUUUUCUGUAAAAUUAAUUUCAAUCCCAUUUGGAAAGCAAAAAUAGAACCUAAGUGUCGUUUCUUUGUUUGGACUUUAUUGCACAACAAAAUCUUAACCGCUGACAAUUUGCAAAAAAGGGGAUGGCCCUGCAAUCUUAAUUGUUCUCUUUGCAACUUGUCUUUGGAGACAGUGUCGCAUCUCUGUAAGGAUUGCCCUUUCGCUAUGGAAGUGUGGAGCAGGAUUUUGUCUUGGGCUAAUCUCCGGUUCCUUGUCGGGAUUUCAAAGACGGGAACUAUUAGCGAUUGGUGGUUCAGGCUGAGGUCGCUCUGUAACAAGCAUUCAAGAAAAAGUUUUGAUGGCCUUCUAUUUUAUUUCUGGUGGAGCUUAUGGUUGGAGAGAAACAACAUAAUUUUCAAGGGUCAACAGAGAACGUCAGAUCAAGUGGUGCAGAUGGUGAAAGAUCUUGUGGGUAGUGGUCUGGCAUACUAGUAAUGUCUGAGGGCCUGGCCAGAGGGUUAGAUUUUUAUUCAGUGGUGCUAGAUAGGUGUUUGAUUGUCUAGUGUUUUUUGGUGUUGGCGCCUUUUUUGUGCCAGUUUUUGUACAGUGUUUUCUCCUUAUUAUCUAAUAUAUUGGAAGGCAACUCUUU